CCCGCCCCCGCCUCUGGCCCGCGCCCGCCCGCCGCAGCCUCGCCGGCCCGCUCCGUGCCUCCUCGGCCUGGGCUCGGCGCCCGCAGCAUGCAGCAGCAGCCCGGGCGGCGGCGGCGGCGGCGGCCGUGAGGCGAGGGCCGUGCGCCGGGCGGGCCGGCGCGGGAGGGCGGCGGCGCCUUUGUUGCGGCGGGGCCGCCGCGGCCUUUGUCUGCAGAUGGUGGACGCGGGCGGCCGCCCCGCCGCCGAGGGCUGGCGGAGAAUGGAGACCCCGCCGGACGGCGCCGACCUGGUGCCGCUGGACCGCUACGACGCUGCGCGGGCCAAGAUCGCCGCCAACCUGCAGUGGAUCUGCGCCAAGGCCUACGGGCUAGACAACAUCCCCGAGGACCUCAGAGACCCCUUCUACAUUGACCAGUAUGAGCAGGAGCACAUUAAACCACCCGUUAUCAAGCUGCUCCUGUCCAGUGAGCUGUACUGCCGUGUCUGCAGCCUCAUCCUGAAGGGGGACCAGGCGGCCACCUUGCAAGGACACCAGUCUGUCAUCCAGGCUCUGUCCCGGAAAGGCAUCUACGUGAUGGAGAGUGACGACACCCCUGUGACAGAUGCGGACCUGGGCCAUGCGCCCAUCAAGAUGAGUGCCCACAUGGCAAUGGUGGAUGCCCUGAUGAUGGCCUACACUGUGGAGAUGAUCAGCAUCGAGAAGGUGGUGGCCAGUGUUAAGCGCUUCUCUACAUUCAGCGCCUCGAAAGAACUUCCCUACGACCUUGAGGACGCCAUGGUGUUCUGGAUCAACAAGGUAAAUCUUAAAAUGAGAGAGAUAACAGAAAAGGAAGUUAAGUUAAAACAGCAACUACUGGAAAGUCCAGCUCAUCAAAAGUCUCCCUCCAAGUGGUAUUGGAAGUUAGUGCCCGUCCGCUAUCGGCGAGAGCACCUCUCUGCCAGGCAGUCGCCCUGCUUCCCGUUGCUGGAGGACUUGAUGCGAGACGGCAGUGAUGGCGCUGCUCUCUUGGCAGUUGUUCACUAUUACUGCCCAGAGCAGAUGAAGCUGGACGACAUAUGUCUGAAGGAGGUCCCAUCGCUGGCCGACAGCCUGUACAACAUCCGGCUGCUGAGGGAGUUCUCCAACCAACACCUGAGCAAGUGCUUCUACCUCACCCUGGAAGACAUGCUGUAUGCGCCCCUGGUGCUCAAGCCGAACCUCAUGGUCUUCAUUGCUGAGCUUUUCUGGUGGUUUGAGAAUGUCAAGCCAGACUUUGUCCAGCCCAGGGAUAUUCAGGAGCUGAAAGAUGCUAAAACAGCACUGCAGCAGAAAAGUAGCCGGCCUCCUGUCCCCAUCUCCAAUGCAACCAAGCGCAGCUUCCUGGGCAGCCCUGCUGCACUGAGCCCGGCUGACCUGCCACCACCUACCCAGCCGCCAGCUGAAGGCGGGCAUAGGUACCACCUCCACCCCGAAGAAGCUGAAUGUCUUGGGAAAGGAACUUCUGCCUUUAGCCCGUCCCAUCCUUUAUUGCCACUGAGGCAGAAGCAGCAAAAAGCAGUGCAGGCAGAGGACACCCCCGAUCAGCGACAUCGAUCUAACUCUUUAACCCGAGUCGAUGGCCAGCCACGAGGUACAGCAGUAGCGUGGCCAGAAAAAAAAGCCAGGCCAGUGUCCCAACCAACACCCUUUGCUCUCCAUCAUGCUUCGAGUGGUGACAUGGACCUUGGCUCUGGCGAUAGCGUCAGCCUGGCCCGCUCCAUCAGCAAAGACAGCUUGGCAUCAAGCAUUGUUCAUCUGACCCCACAGAACCAACCCUGCCCCACGGCUGGAAGGACCAAUGGGAAGAGCCUCCUGAGCAAUGUCAGUAUUGAGGAUGAGGAUGAGGAGCUGGUGGCCAUCAUCAGGACAGAUGUGUCUCCCCACUGUGUGGACCCGCAAGGCCCCAGGGCCUCCCCACGGGCCCCAGGCCUGACUGCCGGUGCCAGGUCUCCCCAGAGGCAAGUGGACACCCUCGAGAAUAAGCCUGACAGCUUUUUCUUGGAGCCCCUGCUGCCAGCAGUGCUGAGGCCGGCCAAAGAGAAGCAGACCAUUACCAAGGAAGAUGAGCGAGGGGAAGGGAGACCUCGGAGCAUCGCGCCCAGGAGGCCCAGUGAGGGCCCUCAGCCUAUUGCACGGAAGAAGUCGGCCAGCCGUCGUGACCUGAAUAGCACUUUCACCCCAAUUCCCUGCUCAGAGCUUGCUGCUGGCAUUGACCCUGCAGAGCGGGGACUACGGCCAGCGGAAGCUGCCGAAGUGCGUGGGGGGCCUCUGGCCAUUGGUGGACUGGAUCCAUCACCUCAGGGACAGUCUGCCGAUGGCUUUUUCCUUCACCUAGGCAGGGCUGAUGGAGACACAGAGGGGAGGUUAUGUGUUGGCCCGAGGAGCCCUGGCACUCCCGAUGCGGAGCCCUGGGCUGUCCUAAGGCCAGAUUCUGACUCUGAUGUGGGGGACCUAGAGGAAGUGGAGCAGGAUUUCAUUGGCGAGGAUCCUGCCGUGGUAAUUGCCAGGUACAUGGGUGAAGAGGAGUCGGCCAAGCUGCAGGAGGACAUGAAGGUGAAGGAGCAUGAGGACAAGGACGAUGCCAGUGGCCGCUCGAGCCCAUGUCUGAGCACCGCCUCUCAGCUCAGCAGCGUGUCCAUGGCCAGUGGAAGCGUGAAGAUGACCAGCUUUGCUGAGAGGAAGCUCCAGAGGCUCAACAGCUGUGAAACCAAGUCCAGUACCAGCAGCUCCCAGAAGACCACACCGGAUGCGUCUGAAAGCUGCCCAGCCCCUCUGACGACAUGGAGGCAGAAAAGAGAGCAGAGCCCAGGCAGGCACAGCCGGGACCCCGCCAGCCUCUUGGCGUCUGAGCUGGUGCAGCUGCACAUGCAGCUGGAGGAGAAGCGCAGGGCCAUCGAGACCCAGAAGAAGAGAAUGGAGGCCCUGUCCGCACGGCAGCGCCUGAAGCUGGGCAAGGCUGCCUUCCUGCAUGUGGUGAAGAAGGGGAAGGCCGAUGGCACCCCACAGCCACUGAGGCCAGAGCACUUUGCAAAGGAGUAUGCACAGCACAACGGCGAGGACUUCGAGGGUGGCAUUUCCAAGCCAGAGGCCUUUCUCACCAAGGAGGAGCAGAGGGGAGACCUUGGCGAGUCUCAGGACGUGGACAGAGAGAGCCUGGCUUUUGUCCAGCUUCAUAAACCCAAAGACCUGGCCGCUGUGCACGACGGGGAGAAGGGCAGAGUACUUUCCGCUGCUCUCCUGGAAGACGGCAUUGGCGAGGUGGGAGACCUGAACGAGUGCGACCUUUCCAUCGAGAAACUGAACGAAACCAUCAGCACACUGCAGCAGGCCAUCUUAAAGAUCUCUCAGCAGCAAGAGCAGCUUCUCAUGAAGUCCCCCACGGUGCCAACCCCAGGCUCUAAAAAUGACUCUCAGGACCAAAGAGUAAAGGCCUCCAUCCACUUCGUUGAGCCACUUUCUCCUACUGGGAUGACUGGUCACCGCAAACCCCCCCGUCUGGGCCAGGGCCGGAGCUCUCGUUCAGGAAGACCAGCUGAGCUGAAGGUUCCAAAGGACAGGCAGCAGGGCUCUUCCCGGAGCAAGACCCCAACACCCAGCGUGGAGACCCUCCCACAUCUGCGAUCUUUCCCCCCUGGUGACCACCCACGGACACCUCCUGACCCUGGUGUGGACAGUGCUGCAGCCCCUGGCAGUAACCCUCCUGAGAAGUGUCUCUUGGACAGUUACAGGCUCCAUGAUGAAAGCAACCAGCGGACAUUGGCUCUGUCCUCCUGCAAAGAGGCAAAUGUUCUGUCUGAACAGAUGAGCUUCCCAGAAGCUGGGGACACAAGCGGGAAGGAGGCAGGGCUGCGCUCCUCCGACCCCACAAGGAGCGACCACAUUCCUGGGGAAGAGCCGCUGAGGAGCAAGGCCAGCCUCAUUGAGGUGGACCUGUCCCACCUGCAGGCCCCUGAUGAGGAUGGAGAGGGGGCUGUCCACGCAGGUUCUGCAGACCUCCUCAGUGACAGCGACCAGAAGCCUGGGCUUGGCUUUUUCUUCAAGGAUGAACAGAAAGCGGAAGAUGAACUUGCUAAGAAGAGGGCGGCCUUCCUCCUAAAACAGCAGCGCAAGGCUGAAGAGGCUCGUGUGCGGAAGCAGCAGCUGGAGGCGGAGGUGGAGCUCAAGCGGGAUGAAGCCCGGCGUAAAGCUGAGGAGGAUCGCAUCCGGAAGGAGGAGGAGAAGGCGCGCCGAGAGCUCAUUAAGCAGGAGUACUUGCGGAGGAAGCAGCAGCAGAUCUUAGAGGAGCAAGGGCUUGGCAAACCCAGAUCAAAACCGAAAAAGCCGCGCCCAAAGUCUGUGCACCGGGAAGAGUCGUGCAGUGACUCCGGGACCAAGUGCUCCUCCACCCCUGAUAACCUGAGCCAGACUCAUUCCGGCUCUAGCCUGUCCUUGGCCUCUGCAGCUACGACGGAGCCUGAGAGUAUUCAUUCGGGGGGCACGCCUUCUCAGCGAGUGGAAUCCUUGGAAGCCUUGCCCAUAUUGAGUCGCAACCCAAGCAGGAGCACAGACCGGGACUGGGAAACAGCAUCAGCAGCUUCCUCCCUGGCCUCGGUGGCUGAGUACACAGGUCCCAAGCUCUUUAAGGAGCCCAGUAGCAAGUCGAACAAGCCCAUCAUCCACAAUGCCAUCUCCCACUGCUGCCUGGCUGGGAAGGUGAACGAGCCUCAUAAGAAUUCCAUAUUGGAGGAGCUGGAGAAGUGUGACGCCAACCACUACAUCAUCCUGUUCCGCGACGCUGGCUGCCAGUUCAGGGCGCUGUACUGCUACUACCCCGACACCGAAGAGAUCUGCAAGCUCACCGGCACGGGGCCCAAGAGCAUCACCAAGAAGAUGAUCGACAAGCUGUACAAAUACAGUUCGGACCGGAAACAGUUCAACCUGAUCCCAGCCAAGACCAUGUCCGUCAGCGUGGACGCACUCACCAUUCAUAACCACUUGUGGCAGCCCAAGCGGCCCACAGUGCCAAAGAAGAACCAGACUCGUAAGUGACCCCAGCGCAGCCCGGGGUCUGAGGAUGUGCCGACGGGAUCCAUAUUUAUUUUUUCGUCCAGUGGGGUACGAAGCGUGCAGACAAAGACUUCCUUCAGAGGCGUUUAGACCACGGAAGGAAAGCCCUCCCUCGCCUCCGCACACCCACCGGGGAUGCCAGGCGGGUGAGAAGGGAAGCGUACAUGCCCUGUUUUCAGUGGCAGCUGCUGUGGUCCCUGCUGACCACCGUGGCCCCGAGACGGGGACGUGGUGCAGCGGGGUCCCCAGCCACGUCUCCUCACCCAGCUCUUUGCGACGUGUCGGGUGUGGCCCGCCCCGGCCCUGCCUCGCCUCUCCGCACACUGCUUGCCGCCCUUCCGCUGGCCAGCGGCAGGUGCGCUCUGUGACCAGGUGUGAGCGUCUUCAUGAGAGGAGCUCGUGUGGAUUCUUUUUAUUUGAGAAGUUGUCUAUUUAUUGAUUAUGUCUACUGCCAACUUUACACCUUGAGAUUUCUGAACAAGCCUUGUUCCUUGCUGCUCAGAGAAGUUUACUGAGGUUUCCAGUCCACUAAAAGCACUGAAAGCAGCAGUCGGUCUCUGUGGCAUCCCGUUUACAGGCGUGGAGACGGUGACUGCGACAGGUGGCCGUGAGGAUGGCCAGGGUACUACUGGCUGGCGUUGGCCUGCUGUGAAAUGGUGGCCGCGCCAGCAGCUGCUGUGCCAGUGAAGCUUUGGGCAGGGCGCUGGUGGCCUGUUCUCUUUAAUAAAGGCAGAUGUGGUACAGUCGGAGCAUCUGUCGCUCUGAGCACGUCUCUCCUGAGACGCUGCGCUUGGCCGCAGACUCCUGUGGUGGUGUGACAUUUGGACCUGCCUGUCGCGCUCUGGCUUGAGGAGCAACAUGCUCUGCGUGGCGUGCAGUUGCAUCUGAGGGUGGUGACUUUGUCUUGUUGCCUAUUUAAAAGCAAUUGUGUGGUUAUUUGCAGUUAUUCCAGAACUCAAGUAAAGUGGAGUGGCUCUGGGUUCUUGCCACAUGGUCCCAGUGGCGAUGGCUGGUGCCUCUCCAGAGCGGACGUUCCUGGGGAGCAGGUGCACCCCAGCCCCAGCUGUGGCGUGUGCCACAUGGCAGAGACACCCGCGUGAUGAACCAGCUGCCAAAAGGUCCUGGAGCCACUUACAUUAGUUUUGCACAUACUUUCUUGGGAGUGUUACUUGAAUCUAUCUUGAACUGCAGAAAAAAUUAAUGAUAAUAGAAGAAACUAGAGACAGGUGUAACUGUCACACAGUGUUAGGUAGAAAGGUGACUGAGUUGUGUGCAGAGGAAGGAGGGACAUGGUGCAGGAACACUAGAGGGAAGCCCAGGCCUCGUUUCACUUUCCUCAUCCUUUGAAGAACAAUGCAGUCUGCUCUGACUGUGUAAAUACCGUGUUGGGCCCGGCGCUGCUGUGGAGUGACCACAGGCCGUGCUGAGAUUAAAGUCUGGACGUCUGUCAACACGCUUCUGCACGUGUGCUCUAUUCCUCACUAUGCCCUUGAUCCAUGUCACCCACUGAUUUGAGAGAGCCCUGAAAUGUCACGAAGAGUGAGCAGUGUGCACGUCAUCGGCCCCAGUCAGGGAUGCAGCAACUCUUCUGUUCCGACAGGGCUCCAACCAGCCCUCCUGCAGCCCCUGCAGCCCCUGCAGCCCUGGUGUCCUGGUGCUGUGCUGGGGAGUUGGGGGGUCUUCUGGCUCAGGUUCCCGCUGGGCACCAUGCUCUGAGCAUCCUGUCUGCGGGGCUGGCCCUGCUGCAGCAUCCGGCGUGUCCAGUUGCCAGUGCCCAGGCCACAUUGCUCAGGCGAGGGGGGUCCUUGGUGCAGCAGCCUCUGCAUUAUUGGGGGAUCUUCAGACACGAGGUGCACCCAGGGUGAUGAUUCCAGGCCUUGCUGGCAGGGCGAUGGUGCGUCCCUCACGUCAGCCCCAGCGAGGCUUUGACAGAGGCCUGCACUUCCUGAGUCCUGCAGUGCCUCGGUGCCAUGCCACAGGGCUCCUGUGGUGGACAGGCCCUUCACCCCUCCCUGCCCCCCACACUCUGUGCAGGGCUAAGGCAGUGCCAUGCAGGCCACUGAGAGAGGCAGCCCAGUGGCGUGCAGGCACUUGGUGGUGACAGAUGCACCAGCCAGAGAGGCUGGUGCCGAGACAGAGGAGUUCCAAGAGGCCCAUCGUCCACAGAUGCACAUGCAGUCGCCUGGGUGUGCAUCUACUUCGUGCACAUGUGUAGACGUAGGGCGAACACAAGGCACACGUGUGGGCGUGGGGUGCAUGCACACGUGUUCACGUGAGGGCGUGUGCACAACACAGCCAGACCAUCUCCCUUGUGUCCUUGAGCCGUCUCUGAACGUGUUGCUGCCAAGCAGCCUCCAACAGAUUCCAGCCUCAACCUGUGUUCUGUGCUCUGGCAGCUUUGCAAAGGGGAAUGAUGCAGAAGAUACUUCAAGAUGAUACUUUUAUUCCCUGAAUAAAAGCUAGUUGUUAUUUGGAGGGGAAAAUAUUUAUUGAAAUAAAAUUUUCUGUUACAGAU